UCAGCCACGAUAGCCAGCGUGCUGCAAUGGCUCGGCGCUAGGUACGAUGCUACCGAAGACGAACGGAGUGCGAUGGCCCUUUUCACUAUCGCAAAUGCUUCCGUUAGUGAAACUUGAUCCUCCGUGUCUCUCACGUACGGCUCUAUCUUCACGGGAUGAGCGACGACGCGGUUGCAAAAUGAACCAAACGCGGCAGCUCUGUGAGAGAAAAACGCUCCUUGUAUCGACUGCAGAGAAGCAACACUCCCACUACACUGUGCUUCUGACUGGAAGAGGCACCUUUCGACCGCAACAAUGAUCGCCGAGGUGCUCCUUGCCGGCUUGGCCCUGUCAACGUUGGCCGCGGCUUCCGACCCGAGUCAGUGGGAAGUGACCUCCGUACCGGGACUCGACCAACCGCUAAACUUCAAGCAUUACUCGGGAUUCCUCGACGCCGGCGAGGGGCGACGGCUUCACUACUGGUUCAUGGAAAGCCAGCGAUCACCAUCUCGGGACCCCGUGCUUCUGUGGCUCAACGGGGGACCGUGCUGCAGUUCCCUCAUUGGAGCCAUUGCUGAGCUGGGCCCAUUCCGGGUGGGCUACCAGGGCAUCAACAUGACCACAAACCCUUUCAGCUGGAACAAGGUAGCGAACAUUAUAUUCCUGGAAUCACCGGCGGGCGUCGGGUUCUCCUACAGUCCCACCGGAAACUACGCUAGCGACGACACCAAAACGACCGACGACAACUACCUCGCGGUGGUGGACUUCUUUGACAAGUAUUCGCAGUUCAAGCAGAAUGACUUCUACAUCGCGGGUGAAAGUUAUGCCGGUGUCUAUGUUCCCCUCCUCGCGCAGCUGCUUCUUAAAAACCCUCGAGGAAUUAAUCUCAAGGGAUACGCUGUCGGAAACGGAGCGCUGGAUAUGGAGCUUCUCGGCAACUCUAUUAUGUUUUUCGGCUACUACCAUGGUCUUUUCGGUCAGAGGCUUUGGAAGGAGCUGACCACCAGUUGCUGCAAUGGUAGCGUUUCCCAGGAGACGUGCGAUUUUGGAUGGUCCACCAAGGAUCCCGCCUGCGUUGAACCGGUGAGGAGAGCCAACUACAUCGUCCUCAACAGCGGCCUGAACGUGUACAACCUGUACAACCCGUGCAGUUACAACGAAAGCAGCUAUUCACUAGCGAUGCGCUAUCCAGGAACCUCAAUGCACAAUGCUAUCAGGUGGCUCAUGAGCAAAAUGUUCAAGCGGCCUACCACGAGCUUCAAUGACGUCAGCCCCACGUGUGUUGACCAGGAUCGCCUGCAGCUGUACUUCAACCGCCGUGACGUCAUCAAAGCUCUGCAUGUCGAGGAAUCGCCACUGCAGUGGUACCCUUGCAACCUGGCCAUCAACUACACAGAGCAGUACAACACGAUGCGCGAGGUUGUCCAAGAUCUGGCCGAGUCUGGCCAGCUCAAGGCUCUUAUCUACAACGGCGACGUCGACAUGGCUUGCAACUUCCUCGGCGGCGAUUGGUUCGUCCACAGCUUGGGAUACGAGCCAACAUCAGAGUACAGAAUGUGGCACGUGGGACAAGUGAUCGCUGGGUUCGUCCAGAACUUCCAGCACGACGUCACUUUCGUCACUGUCAAGGGCUCCGGCCACAUGGUUCCCUUGGACAAGGCACAGGAGUCCCUGCACAUGAUCUCCAAUUUCUUGUCUGGUGCCCCGUUUUUAUGAGAAACCGCCUGUUGAAGCCUGCGUUGAAAUAAGCGCCAAUUUAACAGACGCAGAAGCCUAGAAUAAAAUUCAACACAGUGUUAUACUCUACCGGGCGGAGAUGUUUCUUGAGUGCUUUAUUAGGCGUGUAACUUCGCGUAAGUGCAAG